AUGGGUAUCAAUAAUCCUCUCCCAAGAAGUUUGGGUUCAGAAACCAAUUUUGUUAAACCUAAUCAAGUAUUUGGUGCAGAUCAAGUCAUUCCUCCUGAUGUAUUGAAAAAAGCUAAAGGUUUAGCUAUAAUUACUGUUCUAAAAGCAGGAUUUUUAUUCUCUGGGAGGGCAGGUUCCGGUGUUAUUGUUGCAAGAUUAGGUGAUGGUACUUGGUCAGCUCCAUCUGCCAUUGCUAUGGCUGGUGCAGGUGCAGGUGGGUUAGUUGGUAUUGAAUUAACUGAUUUCGUCUUUAUUUUAAAUACACCGGAAGCAGUCAAAUCAUUUUCUGAAUUUGGUACUAUUACACUGGGUGGUAAUGUCUCGGUCUCAGCAGGUCCAUUAGGUAGAAACGCAGAAGCCGCGGCUUCUGCCUCUGCUGGUGGUGUCUCUGCAGUCUUUGCUUAUUCUAAAUCUAAAGGUUUAUUUGCUGGUGUCUCUGUUGAAGGUUCUGUUAUUGUAGAAAGAAGAGAAGCUAAUAGAAAAUUUUAUGGCGAUAAUUGUAAAACUAAACAAAUUUUAUCAGGUAGAAUUAGACCUCCACCAGAGGUAGAUCCUUUAUUCCGUGUCCUUGAAUCAAGAGCAUUCAAUUAUAGAACUCAAAACUACGACGAUCAAUAUUCUGAAGGUAGUUUCUAUAACGAUAUUCCUGAUUCUUUCUCAGAUAUGUCCUCCAGAAGAAAUGGUAGAGGAGGUAAUAGAAGUAGAAGUAAUUCAUAUUAUGAUGAUGAUGACUUUGAUGAUGAUUAUGACGAUUUUGGAUCUCCUGAUCGUAAUAGAAACAGUAGUAGAACUGGUGGUGUGUCUCGUAACGAUUCUAGAUACCGUUCCAGUGGUGGUGGUAAUACGGGAGGAAGAACAAGAGGAAGUUAUAAUGGGUUUGAUGAUAAUGACUUUGAUGACCCAAGUGGUGCUAAUGAUUACUAUGCUAGUCAUAGAAGAACUGGUAGUGCAAAUAAUACUAAUAAUACUAAUAAUACUAAUAGCAGCUACAAUAAUUCAAGAUCACGUUGGGAAGAUGAUGUUUAUGAUCGUCGUGGUGCUGGCGGUCGUGAUUCUCGUAGAGAUGAGCAUGGCGUUGAUGACCUUUCAAAUAGGUUCUCAAGAUCCCGUAUCUCUUCAGGUCCAGGUGGGUCGAGACGUUACUCAGAUGAAAGACAAGAUAUUAAAGCUCCAGUAUCAUCUACAGGUUCUGAAAAGACACCAAAGGCUGUUGCAUUGUAUAGUUUUAAAGGUGAAGAAUCAGGUGAUUUGGCGUUUAGAAAAGGUGAUGUUAUUACAAUCUUAAAGAAAUCAGAUUCUCAAGAUGAUUGGUGGACAGGUAGAGUUAAUGGUAGCGAAGGUAUUUUCCCAGCUAAUUAUGUUGAGUUAGUAUGA